AUGCCUAUUCUGUAGCUGAGGUUGGCCAACCUUGACCUGUAAUCGCGUUUCACGUAGUAAGUUUCCCCGCUGUAAACAACAUCUGCUAUCGACUACAGAGGUUAUCACGAUACUGUUCUGCAUUGGUCGACGACAUUAAAAGGGCCGGUCCCGUCGUCUCGCCGUUAGCGUUUUAGUUCAAAUGUCGCCGCGAGGAGGCAACUCUACAUCGGGCUGCGCUGUACCAAGCUAUGAGCACCUCAUAAUACCUCCGCCCAACGGCUCCGCCGACGAAGAGGUACUUAUCGCGGUCGCGCCGGGCGCAUUCCUGCCGCCCGAUGCUUUUAAGUCUCUGGCCGCGGAGAUACAGGCGUGUACGCCGCAUCUGCGCACAUACGUUGGCAUACUUAGCAUCGACACGUUGUCGCUGAUGCAAUUGGUCGUCGACCCGGCUCUGCUCAACACGCCAGCGGCCUUCGAGGCAUUUGCGCUGGGCAUGAAGCAAGGCGAUGUGUACGGCAUCCUGCUGCAGCAGCUGCUGGAUCAGGCGGUGGCGGCUGGCUUCAAGCCGCGCAAGGAGGGGCGCGGCGGGCACGUGCGUGUGUGCAACCAGCUGCUGUUGGCCCAGUCGGCGGGCGGCAUGGGCUUCCCGGAGGCCGCCAUGAAGCUGGCAGGUGGCACCGUGCUGCUGGCGUCAACGCCCAACGCCGAGGAGUACCCCAAGCGCCGCGUAGUGAGCCUGGAGACGUGUCCCGGGCCGCUCAUGACCAUCUCCGGCGAGUUGGACGGUCAGAUGCGCUGGCCCUGGCACGUGCCAUACAUCGCGGAGACAGCUGCCAUGGCCACAAAGUUCGGCGAGCGCUACGUUGCACGCAACGCGCCCAUCCUGGUCCUGCCUAACAUCAACCACGGUAGCACCUCCAACGGUAUCGCGCGCCCGGUGCGUGGCGACAUCACCGCUGGCGUGGCGCCCUACGAGGAAUGCAUCCAGGUGCUGGGCCGCCAUAUUGGUGCCUUCGUCACCGCGCACAUGUCACACUCGGCUGCUGCCCGCACCGAGGCUGAGACGUUCCUGUUGGAGGCGCUGCGCAAGAGCUACGCGCUCACAGCGCCCUAUUGCAUUGCGCUGGGUCUGGGCGACACCUCGGCGCCCUUCGCUGAGGGUGGUGACGGCCGGCCGCACGCGCACCAGCCCGGCCCGCUGCGUGUCGGCGGCGUGGUGGCAGCUGCGGCGCGCGUUGCCGGCCACGUUGAGAGCACAGCAAUUAUGCCGGGUGUGGUGGUGGCGGCGGAGACGCAUACUGAGGAACUGCAGCGGCGCGUGCUGGAGUCACUGCCGCCUCCCGCGACGGAGCGCGUCACUGUGGUGGCCACGUGCCACACUGAGCUGGGCACCUUCUCUCAGAACCACGCCACCAUGACCGAGCUGGGUGACAGCAAGUGGCUGCUGCGGGUGCACGUGAUGCUCAACUUCAGGUCGUUGGAGAGCUCGCGGCCGCACAUGUGCAGCUACGCAGCCGAGCACUGGGUCAAGCUGCUUAGCGCAGAGCGCGUCGCGCAGGCGCUGGGGCUGCCUGACGCGGCCUCCUACGACACGCCCAAGCCGGUGGAGCUGAACCGCGAGACGCACGACAAGGCACUGGCGGCCGCACCCCAGGCGGUGGUGCAGCGCUACAAGGACCUGGGCCGCCAGAUGGUGUUUGAGGACGACCUGGACGUGCUGGAGCAGGACGGCGUGAGCACCGCCGACACCGACGGGCGGCUGGAUGCCGUGGAGCGCGUCUUCCGCGAGAUGCACAUCGCCUACCGCCACCCGCACCCCGCCACCGACGGCGAGGCGGCGCCGCCCGGCGGCUCGCCGGCCCGCCCUGCCUACCCGCCCGCUGCCAUGCUGGUGACGGGCUCGUUCUCGGGGAGCAUAGCCUCGCCGCAGGCAGUGCAGAACGCGGCGGCGGCGGUGGCGGCAGCCGCCACGCCCAAGCACGCGGGCACGCCGGGCGGGCUGGACAUGGUGCGUGUGGGCAGCCCGUUCGUAGUGCUGCCCGCAGGCCCGGUGAGCGGCAAGAGCAGCGGCAGCUCGGGCGGAACGGCCUGUGGCUUCGGCGGCAGUGGUAGCCUGGAGGGGUCGUUCUGUGCCAAGGUGCUGUCUCUGCCGCUCGUGAUGGAGUGGAUUUGGCUGGAUUGCUUGCGUGAGACAGACACGGCGUGGUGAGAAGGGAGUUGACAUUGCUUGCUGUUGCGUGGACGACUGGGUUUUGGACUGGGUGUGCCUGGGCAGGCUAGGUUGUCAGAUGGCGCGCAUCUUCACGCGCCCAUGUGCGUGUAAGGCGCGCCGUGCACACCGACAUUCUGUGGUUGCGAUAUCUUGCAUAAACCGUGUCCUCGUGUGGGCUUUUGGUUUUUACGUCUUCCGUUUACGGUGUGCAAAGCGUGCGGCCGUGCCCGAAUAGGUGUGCACUAUGAGACGCACGGUCGCACCCUGUGGGAUUUUGCGAAACGACACCGUCGCGACUGGGCUGCAUCACACAUGUCCCCACGUUACCCCAUGCCCGGCUGUUGUUCGCGAGCUACGAGGCUUCUGCUAUGCGCGUGUACGCGGGGAGGGCCCGAGGCGGUGGGAGUCUUGCGACUUGGGCGCCCCUCCACCCUCCACUGUAAGUGCAUGUCAAC